AUGGACGUGCGGCCUUGUUGCCAACAACCGAGUUCGGGGGUGGCAGACCCGAUUUCGAGCCGUCGGUACUGUGUAUCGGAGGUGCUCGAAAUCGCCAUCUGCUCUCUCUGCAGCGUCGUCAUGUGGGAAUACACCGUCCAGAAUGAAAUGAUGGAAAAGCGUGACGGAGUAUCCGGUCAGCAUAACGGAGCCGAAGACGUCGCCGGCCCAUCUGUCUUCCGCCCAUCCCCCGGCCUCAUGCUCUUCUCCUGCCUGGUGUUCGGCUGCUGCGUUUCGUCCUUUACAUACCGGAGACAGGACCAGGACCCGUUCCAGUUCGUCAUCUACCUCAUCCUCUUAGGUUGCGUUGCCAUGAUUGGGUACGCCGUCGGGGCCCAUCUCCACUUGAUCUUGCUGGGCUAUCUUCCGUGGGCAACGUGUGCCGCCAUGGCCAUCAGCAUCUCGGGCCAUAGCGCGUACAGGUAUCUGAAGACCAAUCCUACGAGGCCGAGCCGAGACGAGGAGAAGGCACGGCUUUGGGGUUGA